AAAUGUUCAAAUUUAUCGCUUUCUUUGCCUGCGUCGCUGUUGCCUCCGCUGCUCCAGGACUCUUGGCCGCCACGCACUCGAUUGUUCAGCCCGCUGUGCUGACGAAGACCGCCUAUGUGGACACCAGUGCAUCCUCGGCCAUCACGCAUCAGAGCAAUGUGAAUCUGGUGCGCAAGGUUCCAGUGGUUCACACCUAUGCUGCUGCUCCCGUUGUCCAUGCCGCUCCCGUUGUUCAUGCCGCUCCCGUUCUACAUGCCGCUCCAAUUGUGAGCACCUAUGCUGCUGCCCCGGUGGUUCAUGCUGCGCCAGUGGUGCACUCUGUCCCAGUGGUCCAUGCUGCUCCAGUUGUGCACUCGUUGCCUGUGGUGCACGCGGCUCCUUUGGUCAAGACUCUUGUCAGCGCUCCAGUUGCCUACUCCGCCUACCACAAGUAAAAUGCUGAAUGCGAAUAUUUGAGCCAUA